UAGCCUAUUCGAAGUUCUUCUGCUAUUACAGUGUACCACCAAGCACAAUAAUACAGAAUCUGUUAGUAUUCUAUUAUCAAUGGAAGAGAAAGAACAACCAGAGUUGAUGCUGAAACCGUCAUCCUCCAACUUUAUAGCAGAAUCGAAUUCAAUGGUAUCCGCUACACUGGGCAGAGUUAUGCACACGCUACUCGACGCUCGCCCCAAGAAGCUCCAACAUGCAAUCUCCAAUCUUCACUCCCCUCCUAAACUUGCCCCUCUUAGCAUUUCUUUGGAGCAGUCAUUGUUGUUUCUGCAUAAGUACGUUGGGGAUGCUGCUGAGAAGGAGGACACAUUGGAUGAAGUUCUUGUUCCCAUGAUUGAACAUUAUUUGAAAUUUAGGGAGUCAAGACACGGCAAUCAGGCAAUGGUGCUCCUCAAUUGGCUUUUUCAAGAUGAAGUUCUUUUCCAGGCUCUUGCAAGUAAUCUAGCAGAGAUUAUAUUGAGAAAAGAUGACCAUUAUAUUGCCUUAGGCUGGUGUUUUCUUGCACGUGAUCUCAUACAGUAUGAGAUUAGCAUGAAUAAGCUUAUGAGCAAUGGAAUACGGGAGAAGUACACAGCACUAUUGAAGAUUCUGUGUUCGUGUAUCAGACAUCUUUCAACCCUUAUAAGCAGCGGAAGCACUUUGCAGGGAGGAUUUGAGUUGCCAACUCGACUUGCAAUUGCUUCGGCUGAUUUUAUUUUGUCGCUUACAGUAGCACUUACAAGGAAGGAUCUGGUAUCUGACUAUAAGAAGGAAAAACUAAUUAGUUCAAAUUCUCAAGGUCGACCAGUUUCUUUACUAAAUGUUGAUUCUGAUGAGGAAAAAGUGAAGGCAGACACAAAAGCUUCAGUAAUCUUGAAGGACAUGGGAACAAAAUUGUUGCUUUGGGAUCAUAUAGAUGACCUGAUUGUUCUUGUUGGGAGGCUUAAAGCAUGGAGCAGAAAAAGCAGGUCAUUGCAUUCAAGGGGGUUGGAGAGGGUAUUUAAGUGGUUACAAGCCACUCAAACACGAUAUGUUUGCUGUCAAAAUGAGGCAGACAUGCAAAUGUUGAAGACUGGAGUAUUGCUUCUCUCAUCUUGUUGGAAACAUUAUGGCAUGCUGUCACGCUUGGGAGAUUGCAACUUUUCUCGCGAAUACAAUGAAUUGUUGGAUGAGUACUUAUCUGGAACUAAGUUUUAUGCAGACAACCAUGCCCAUGAACCUGCUGCAGAUAAAGAUAGUGCAAUUGAGACCAUAAAGUUCUUUUUGAACUGCCUCUCUCUUCUGUUAGGUCGGUUGCAUGAGAAGCAACUUGAAACUGCACUGGCUGAAAAUGGAUCCCUGCUGUCUGAGGUUCUUAUUUCCCAGUUUCGCUGUGCUGAUGAGGAAGUAAUUGAUAGUGCUGUCUACAUCUUCAAAGCUGCCAUCUUUAGGAUGCCGUAUACUUCAUCUGGGGACUAUAAUGCCAAUAGGAGAGAGAUGGAUUCUGUUCUGCCAAUGUUAAUACAUCUUCUGGAUGAGCGGGAUAGUGCUGCAAAAGCUGUUGUCAAGCUUGUUGCAGAAUAUUGUUCUUUGCGCUCAGACAAUUGUCGUCUCCAAAAUGUUCUGAAAGGGCUCACUUCUGGAAACUUUCCACAGAGGAUGAAUGCUAUUGAUGUUAUCUCAGAUCUUAUAGACAUAUCAUUAGAGUCUAGUAGCUCACUUUCAGAUCAGAUGUGGCAAGAUAUAGCAGAUCACUUGUUGGAAUGCCUUGGUGAUGAAGAACUAGUUAUUCAAACACGAGCAUCUGCACUGCUUCCUGUAAUUGAUCCAUCACUAACUUUGCCUGCUCUAGUUCGUCUUAUUUACACAUCAAAUGAAAGGGUACAGUCCUUGGCAAGUGAGACGUUAUUAGUAGUGCUGAAAACUCACAAGGAAGAACCUGAAAUAUUGUGCUUGCUGCUUGAUUGUCUUGGCAAUCUCUGCAACACUUCAGACCCUGAUGCCACAGGAGACACACAAGGAGCAAAAUUGGACAGUGAUAGGGUGCUGAAGCUGUUACCAGAGUGGUCAAAACUGGUUGAAGAUUGGAACGUGAUGAUCAGUGCAUUGUUAGACAAACUCUUUGCAGAGCCAUCAAACACAGUUAUUGUGCGGUCUCUCAGUUACAUCAGUGAACACCUGGCAGACUUGGCUGAUUUGGUCUUUGAUCAACUUCUCCUGUACACAAAAGGGCAGAACAACAUUCUGGAGAGCGUUUCCAAAAGGGAGAGUGGGACCUGUCAAGAUGUUGAUUCUUUCAAUUCUCUUUUUAGUCGCCUUUGCCCAUUACUAGUAAUCAAACUGCUCCCGCUAAAAGUUUUUGACAAUCUCAGUUCUCCUUUGGUUUAUGGGCAUUUGAAGGAAAGUGUUGUGCAUGAUACUGGACGUCUAACCAUAGAUGAUAGUGAAUGCAUUGGUGCGCUGCUAAUUGAUAGGGCGUUCAACAAGUUUGAAUUCGAAGAUGUUCGGAAACUUGCAGCUGAACUUUGCGGGCGCAUGCAUCCGCAUGUUUUAAUUCCAUUAAUUUCUUCACAACUAGAAGUUGCUGCAACAGCUGAGGACACAAUGAAGAUAAAAUCUUGUCUUUUUACAAUUUGCACUUCGCUCUUGGUCAGAGGCAUGGAUUCAUAUAAGCAUCCUGGCAUGAGUGUAAUAAGGAAGACUAUAAAUACCAUUUUAUCUUGGCCUUCGAUGGAUAAAAACGAUGUCUUGAAAGCACAACAUGGAUGCAUUGAUUGCCUGGCAUGGAUGAUGUGUGCUGAACUAGAAGGUUUGAAGCGAGGAAGAAGUUCAACUAAAGAUGAAGCACGCAUGAUUGAUAUGGGCCUAUCUUCAGGGAAUGUUGCUUUAGAGAGCUCAGUCUGCAAUUACGUGAUUGGACUAUUGACUGCCAAUGCUAAUGAUUCUGUUUCUUCUGGAUUGGCUAAAUGGAACACGGAAUCAGAAGCAAAGAUGCACAUCUCAUUUCGUCUUUGCAUGGCUAAUGUCCUCAUUAGUGCUUGUCAGAAGGUUUCAGAGUCUGGCAAGAUGCUAUUGGCUCAGAAAAUUCUCCCACCUGUCAUUUGCUCCACCAGGGCAAUUAUAGAAUCUGAAAUUAGGGCUGCCUGCAACCAGGUUCUCUUCUCUGCGGUGUACCAUUUGAAAUCUGCAGUUCUUCCUUACUCCGCCGAUAUUCUGAAGAUUGCAUUAACUUCACUUACAGAUGCUAUGGAAAAGGUGAGGAUAACAGGUGCCAAGUUAUUGGCUUCUCUAAUGGCAAGUGAGGAAGCUGUUAUCGACAAUAUUUCAGGGGGACUGCUGGAAGCAAGAACAUUGCUUCAAACAAUAUCCACAUCAGAUCCUUCAACGGAGGUCAGGCAACUGUGCCAGAAAUUGCUUGCAUGUCUGGCGUCCUAGUAACUUGUUUUUGUUAGUUUUCUUUUUAGUAGGCUUCUGAUGAGGCUAAGCAUUUUUGUCCUUUUAUCCGUGUAUAUUAGGUAGAGUAUGGUCCAACGUUGAAAAACAUAAGCUGGAUGUAUGUUGUUUACACAUCAUGUACAUAUCUGAUGAAUGGCAGUGAUAUUCUGCA